UCUCGCGCCAUCCUCUCCUCUCCUCCAUUGGCCCAUUCCCCUCCUCGUUAAGAACCCGCGCCCCGCGAGCUCUUCGUCGCAACCACCACGGCACAACGACAGCGACCAAGAAGCCGCGAGCUCCGAGCGCAGCGACCCGCGUGUCCGUACACCGGUGUGAGAGGAGAGGGGUCUGUGGGAGAGGAACAGAGGAGGAAACGAUGUACUUACGGCCACCGCCCAAGGGGCCCGAGUGGUACGCGGGGGAUGCGGAGGCGGGGCAGGCGGCGCGGCCGCUGUACCCGAUGAUGCUGGAGGACCCGCGGCUGCGGUGGGCAUUCAUCCGGAAGGUGUACAGCAUCCUCUCCAUCCAGAUGCUGCUCACCGUCGCCGUGGCAGCCGUCGUCGUCUACGUCCGCCCCAUCGCGCUCUUCUUCGUCUCCACGCCCGGGGGGUUCGGGCUCUACAUCUUCAUCAUCAUCCUCCCGUUCAUCGUGCUGUGUCCUCUGUACUACUACUACCAGCAUCACCCGGUGAACCUGCUGCUUCUCGGCCUCUUCACCGUCGCCAUCAGCUUCGCCGUGGGCCUCACCUGCGCCUUCACCAAAGGUGAGGUGAUCCUGGAGUCGGCGAUCUUGACGUCGGUGGUGGUGCUGAGCCUGACGGCGUACACGUUCUGGGCGGCGAAGCGCGGGCAUGACUUCAGCUUCCUGGGCCCGUUCCUGUUCGCGGCCGUCAUGAUCCUCAUGGUGUUCGCGCUCAUCCAGCUCUUCUUCCCGUUGGGCCGCAUCUCGCUGAUGAUCUACGGCGGGCUGGCGGCGCUGGUGUUCUGCGGGUACAUCAUCUACGACACCGACAACCUCAUCAAGCGCUACUCGUACGACGAGUACGUCUGGGCUGCCGUCGCGCUCUACCUCGACGUCAUCAACCUUUUCCUCUCCCUCCUCACGCUCUUCCGUGCGGCCGAUUCGUGAGCAGAGCCGGCGAUUUGGAAUGUGCUUUGCCUUGGCUUGGCUCUUGAGUACUGCUUGAAUUCGUCUGUAAAGUAAAAUAGUUGUUUUGGUUAUGUGCUUCCCUUUGAUCUUUGCUUGCCAAGAUUGUUUAAUGGAAUGCAGUAGUCCUAUCCUAACUGGCGCAUAACUUUGCCCUCGUGGAAUGCAACUCUAUGUU